CACAUCAACUAUUUCCCUUCGAUUUUCGCGACGAAUUUUAUUUACUUUCUAAAUAAAAAAAGAUUUAUUCGAAUAACAUCUAACGACCUAAAAAUGGCUUUCAAUUUAACGAGAACACUGUGCGCUCGAAGUUUUCUCAACAAUCCAGCCUUGUACAAAACCCCCCUCAGUAGUUCUCGUAAUGUAUCCAUCAAAGUCAUCCCCCAAGCAACUUCACUUGCUGAAAGCCACGACGAAAAAAAUUUGCGCUUGAAGCGCCCACAAUCACCACAUCUCACAAUUUAUAAGCCUCAACUCACAAGCAUGUUAUCGAUUACUCAUCGAGGCACAGGAAUCGCAUUAACAGGAUAUGCUGCGAUUUUCGGUCUUGCAACACUUGCUUGUCCUGAAGGUGCAAAUGCAGUUGUGAAUUUAAUCGAAGGUCUUCAACUCGGAGCAGCAUCUCUAGCCGCCCUUAAAUUUACUCUUGCUUUUCCAUUCGCUUUCCACACUGUUAAUGGAAUUCGUCACUUGUUCUGGGACUUGGGAAGAUUCUUAACAAUUAAAGAAGUUUACACCACCGGAUACAUUAUGGUUGCAAUUUCAACUAUCUUAGCAAUAGCCUUAACAGCCAUGUAAGGUCAGAUACUUAAAAAUUGAAGUCAUCUUGAACAAUAUCAAGUCAUGGCCGUAUUCACAAAUAAUUAAAUGAAAUUUUGAGCCAUUAGAAAUUUCUUGAUACAACUUAAUAAUUUAUUUCGUUUAUAAAACAACAAUGAAUAAAUAAAAUCGUCAUGUAAAUCAAUCCCA